GGGAUGUGGGAUUAGGCUACUGUCUAAAAUCAACUGUUGAAGAGCUAAACCAAAAUAUCUUAGGCUACUUUAUAUUCUGUAGGCCUAUUCCCUUAUGUUUUUUUAAAAAUUAGGCUAGUGUUAUGAUCCUCUUAUGGUUUUGAAUAUGACUAAAUAAUAAAGUGUUUUAGGCCCUAAGCUCUGCCUUUAUUUGUUAUUUUUGUAAUCAGAACCUUCAGCUGCUGGCUAAAGAAUUGUGAUAAUUUAGGCCUAUGACACAAUAGUUGGUGCGUCAGCUUGUCAAUCAAGAGCCUAACAUUCCUUGACGAUGGGUUUAAUUUUAUAAUCUGUGUCAACACAGUUUGAGAUCAUUUUGACCCGUAGGCCUUCCAUCCAUUUCAAUGCGGAUAUGCGCUUUGCUGGAAGAAAAAAACCAUGUCGGACCUCGCAACAGUAACUAAGGGGUGCGGCUUGAUAAUGUCUCUAUUAUGACGUCACAAAGCAUGCAUUUAAAAAAUAGAGUCUUGUGUAUUUUGGUUCAGUCAUCGAUAUGGAUGUGUAUCAAGAAGUAGGUGUACCGGAGUUUGGUGCUCCUUGGCCCGCCAUGACGAUGCCCGAACAAGGAGUGAUUGGCCAAUUUACCAUUUUCUUCGCGCUUUUUCUUGGAGGACUAAAGGAUUUUCUCUUCUCUCUAGAAGAGGAAUGGUUUGGAGCAACCCAUCCUGGAGUGGGAUGGGAGCUCACUCUCCCUGCUGCCCUGGUUGUUUUUGGUGUGAUAUUACUAUGGAGGACCGUCCUUGUGAUCAAAAGCAGGAUACGUCUAUUGACUGAGACACAGCUAAACGUGAAACUCGCCCAGCUAUCGAAAAACAAAUGUGACAUAAUGAUUCAAUUGUCUGAAAUGGAGAUACUGUUGAAGGACUAUGACGCACCAGUGAAAAGGUUGCGGGCAUGCCUGCAGUCCUCUCAAGAGGAUAGUCAGGAGCUGGAGGAUAUGAAGAAACAAUGGGACAUCAGAGCUGGAGAAAUGGAGGCAUUUCAUCUCCAGCUCCAGGAGCGUGUUGAACGCAUACAGAAACUGAAAGCUGUUUGGGGACCGAUGGAACCACUUAAAGAGCAUCACGGUGGGGAUGCCAGGAUCCCUAGUGCCACCAACACCCAAUCUACCGUUACAGAGAUCAAGAGUGAGGAAAACAUUGAGAUCGAGGUCACUGUGAUGAAGGAUGCAAGCUUAAAUCUUCUACAGAUCAACACCACAGUGGAGGAGGUGAACAGGGGUCUUCAGGACAAAAAUUGUCAGCUUGAAGAGAAGAAUGCCGCUCUACAUCAAAAACUCCACAGCACUGAGAAGAUGUAUAGACAGACUCUAAACGAGCUGACCAAAGCCCUGAUUCAAGGCAAACAUGAGGAAAAGCAACAUAUUGCCACGCUACAAGAGAAAAUCCAGACCAUAUCUCGGAGAGCCUCUGCUGCCGAGCAUGCUCUGGCCAUGGAGAAGAAUGAGGCAGCGCUACUCCGCCAGAGGAUUUUUCAACUAACCUCUAAGAAGCUGAAAAUAGGAAAACCUGGGUUCCUGAUCAAGACCAUCCCCAAGCCCCCGAAAACAACCAAGACCAACAAACCCUUCUUGAAAACCUGCAAAGUUCUGAAAGCUUUCAAAGCACUAAUGAAGAUAUGAAGGCAAUGCAUACAAUUGUACAUUUGGUGCAAUUAUUCUCAGGACACGGGGUGAAGCAGAGUACAAUAAAUAAAUCCAGAUGCCUUAUUCCA